UUUCUUUUGAGUUUUAUAUUAUUUCUCUCUUUUCAUUCAAAACAAUAUGGCCCGGGGGAAACAACGUUUAUUUCCUAUAGAUGAGGGUGGCUGGGUAGAAACACCCAAACUGAAAUACCGAAAUAGAUCACCCGAAGUUAACAGUAUGAGAAGAGCAGCAUCUGUACCUACUACUCCGACUUUACAAAGCUAUAACCAUUUUGAUCUAUUGUCACCCACCAUUUCACAUGGCAAUAGUAAUAACAACAGCUUACCUUUUGACCAGGCCGUCAUUACGACCCAUAACAACAUUAUAACAUCGACAAGCCUGUCACCAUCUCCCUCGUCGAGUAGGAAAAGACAGAAAAAAAGAAAAAGUAACCAUGCGAAUCAAGUAAAUAAGCAGCAUUCACCUUUAAUUAAUGAGAUACCCCAAAACGACAUUAUUCCUAUUACUAAAACGCCAACCAUUGCUGAUAUCAUUAAUGAAGACAAAAACAAUACAACACCUCUUAAAAUUGUGCCUGUAACUUCGACCCCAGUCCAAACUCCCAUUACAUCAACGACACUCGACCUACCACAACCAAUUCAACGAUCAUCUGAACCGAGUUCCUCACUAACAACGUUGACUGAAACAGGAGUCACGAAUAACAACAAUGAUAAAGCUGCGCUUAGUCAAAUGUCGUUCUUAGAUUACCUGAAAGAUGAGCUGACGGUAGCUGACUUCGAUAGUGCUCAAGAAUUGAAAAGGGAACGAGUGACCAACUUUAUCAGAGUUCCUGCCUCUAUAGAGAAGUUGAUGCUUUUUGGUUUUUUUGUUUGCUUAGAUUCAUUUUUGUACACGUUCACCAUAUUACCCCUCAGAUUCCUUUUUGCCUUAUAUCACUAUGUCAAUUACUUCAUAAAAAACGUGCAAGCUCUAUUAGGGCGAAGAGAAAGCUAUGUUCGUCUAAAAUCUUUCCAAAAAUGUGAUCUGCUCAAAGGAUUUUUACUUCUUAUCACUUACAUUGUUAUGCUAUCACUGGAUCCUUCGCGUAUUUACCACGCUAUUCGUGGACAAGCUGUGAUUAAGCUUUAUGUGCUGUUCAAUGUUUUAGAAAUUGUCGACAAGUUGUGCUGUGCCUUAGGCGUGGAUAUUUUAGAUGCCUUAUUUUCCAAAUCAACCUUAGGAAGUCCACAAGGCGAUGUUAGAGGAAUUGCUUAUGCAAAACGACAAUUGAAGCCCAUCACCUUAUUUUUAUUAGCUGUGCUAUACAUGGUUCUUCAUACUGGGGUGCUAUUCUUUCAAAUGAUCACUCUUAACGUAGCUAUUAACUUUUAUUCCAAUGCCCUGCUAUCACUGUUAAUUUCCAACCAAUUCGUCGAAAUCAAAUCUUCUGUAUUCAAACGAUUUGAGAAAGAGAAUUUAUUUCAACUCACCUGUGCAGAUAUCGUUGAACGAUUCCACCAAAUCGCAUUCCUGUUCAUCAUCACCUUACGUAACAUUAUUGAAAUUUCUGAAACAGGACCCUCUUCUGUUUUACCAUCCACCUUUGUUCCUUUGUUUAAGUUGCCUGCUUCCACUUCACUCAACUCACUGAUGACACCAGUUUUUAUGGUUAUCACGUCGGAACUGAUGGUUGACUGGCUUAAGCAUGCCUUUCUCACAAAGUUUAAUCAAAUUCGACCCUCGAUUUAUGGCAAAUAUAUUGAUAUUCUAUGUAAAGAUCUUGUCAUUGGUAGUCCUGGUCGAAUUCUUUCAGGCAAGAAUAAUCAUGCUUUUGUGGAUCAAUCGCCUGUUGUAUCAAGAAGAAUUGGAUUCCCAGUGUUACCUUUAGCUUGUUUGUAUAUCCGCAUGAUGCAGCAAAUUCUUCCAAUGAUAUUCAUGUCGCAUGGUCAACAAGAGCCUACUGACACCAACGCAGCAGCCUCAUUUGUUAUCAGCACCUUUUCCGAUUAUCUGAUUCGUCAUCAGGAUCUUAUCAAUCAACUAAUUCCAGCAAGAAUUCAACUGGUUGUGCUAUCUUUAGUGAAAGGUGUUUGGCUGGAAACCGUUUUGGACAAAUUAUUCAGCUUCGUUACCUGUGUGCUUGUCAUAGCUGCUCUGGCCAUCAUUUUACUAGCUUUGAAGGUGGUAGUCGGUGUUAAUUUGUUAGGAUUCGCUUAUAAACGUUAUUCCAGCAUGGAGGAAAGGGAUGAACGGGAAGCAAAGAAAGACGAAGAAUUGAAAGCGCUUCAUAAGGAUGAAACCGAACAAACUACUAAAAUACGCGAAUAUCUGAGCAAACCGGGGGAUCAUAUAUUGGGUGUAAAACCUACAAAAUAUACAUUAGAAAAUGUGGACCGUUUCUCUAUGGUCAAAAGUCGUAUUCCGUAAAAUGAAGAAAAGAACUCUUUAUGGCUUGGCAACACCCCAUCCCCACCCUUUUCAUUUUUUUUUUCUUUUGUAAAUAGCAUUAGCAAUUGUGGGCAUGGAAUAAAAUGCCAGCUAGAUAUUUCAAUUGUUCAGUUCUUGCAGAGUUAUUGACAUGUGCUUAAAAAAUAAGCACUAUGUUGAAACCGUUGUUACCUUACGAAUUUGGAUAAAUUGAGAUGUGAAUUAUACUUUUCCAAGUCAAGAUAGCCUAUUCAAU